AUGCAGAAUCGCAGGAACGUGUGUGCCACCUGCAACCCAAAAAGGACUUACUUGUCAGGUAGACCGUUAUUACAGGAUAUCCUGGAUUUGAAUUCGAGUCCCGAGAGGAAGCAGGGUUCGACCAUGUCUGACGACUGUGAGGACUGCCUAGACCCUUCCAAAAUGCACCUCUCGAAUCAGGAAUAUUACUUGAAACUGGAAGAACUGAAGAACGCUCACAUGGAGACGAUGGCCCAGUUGGAAAAAAUGUAUCAGAAUAAAUUGUAUCUCAAAGAUGUGCAGCCCUUAACCAAAACGGAUGCGACCCGGUCUGCGAAGCAUCGAUCGAGGUGGGAGAAGAGCUCCCUUCAAUCCCGGAGUAUACGUAAAUCGUUUUCCGAGUCUGAUUUAAACUAUUGCUCCGACUCUGAUUUUUCUGUCGUCUCUGACGUAGAGCUGGAAUUAGAAAAGAAUCAUAGUGAAGCAGGGUCCCUGAAGUUCGGAAACAGAUGGGGGGAGCUUUCUUCAGAGAGUUUCCCCCGCUGGACCGCCAGUGGCCCCUUCAAGUGUUGGACUUUGAAGAAGAGCAGGAGGAAGAAGAAAGCGUGGUCUCCAAAGCUCACUGUGCCGGAGCCUUUCCAGAUGACCAUCCGAGAAGCUAAGAAGAAAGAACAGAACGUCAAAUCCAAGGCACGGAUUGAGAUGGAGAACAAUUUGCUCAAGAAGCAAUUGGAAGAGGAGGCAGAGUGUCAGAAGCAAUUCCGUGCGAACCCCGUGCCUGCUUCCGUCUUCGUCCCGCUCUAUCACGACAUCAUGAAGAGAAACGAAGAGCGCCGAAAGUUCGUCAAAGACAGGAGGCGGGAGAUCCUUCUGGCCUCUCAAAAGCCAUUUAGUUUUAUCGAAAGAGAGGCCCAAAAGAACGAAAUGAGGAAAAUGCAGCUGAGGGAUCUUUCCACACUGGACAAGAAAGCCAAAAAGUUCAAAGCCAAGCCAGUUCCUAAAUUCAUUUACAGCCCGGAAAUCAGCGAGAGGCUCAAGGAGGAAGAGCUCUACCGAGAAAUUAGGAUUCAGAUGAGAUCAGAAGAGCUUCUCCACAACUCAUCCCUCCCUAACAGCAGACUGGGCAAUAAGCACAGCUCGCCGAAGUGUCUGGAGGCGAGCAAAACGUCUGGCUCGAAACCAAGGACCACGGCGAAGGUCCCGGAUUUCGAGAUGUUGCAUCGAAAAUUUCAGAAGCAGCUUCAGAGACAGAUGAACGUGAAAGCUGUCACCGUCUGUGAACCCUUCCAUCUCCGCACGCCAAACAUCCCAUCCAAAAGAGGGAAAAUUCUGGAGGAUAUUCAGAACGAUGAAGAAAAGUUAAACGAAACCCGUUGGCCCUAUGCCUCCCCCAGAUGUCCGCCUCACAUGAGGUCUACGACUACAGCUUCUUUGCCUGUGGACGAUGAAGAGCCGACAUCCCCAAGGAUCACAGAAUCGACGAGAAAACGAUUACAAGCUAUAAGGGAUUCACUUGAGGAAAAAAGAAGGCAGGAAGAAGCGCAGAGAAAGAUCAGAGCGAAACGAAAACAACGAGCGAGGAAACUGCAGAGACUUAUCACCACUCGGGCCGAGGCGAACGAUCCUCAUCAGAGCCUGGCCCAGUUGUACAAAUCAAAGUUAAAAACGUUCAGGAGACACGAAAAGCAGAGAAUGAAGGAAUAUCUCCAGGAACUGGAAGAAAUGGAAGAAAGGGUGGAGAAGAGACCCCUGUUGUUGGAAAGAGCUACGCAGAAAAAUGCCCGGAUGGCGGCGGAAAAGCAUUACUCCGAUACGCUUCGGGAGUUAGGGCUGUGUGAAGAGUUUGUUUCGAAGAAAGGCCGAACCGCUAAAUCACUGCGCGCACAGUACGCUUCCAGCGAUGGCUCUGAAAAUUCGGGAGCCGAGGAAGGAAGAAGCGACAAUGAAAUUGCAUCACAAAAAGGAGACUCUGACGGAGAGGAAGAGAAAUCAGCAGUCCAGUCCAGCCAGUCCUGUGAAAAAGCAGAGGAGGAGGAAGAGGAGAAGUCUGAGGCCAACUCAGAUCAUUACGAACAAGAUGAGCACGAGAGUGAAGACUCCAGGGAUGGUGAUGUAGAAAAAUCCAGCGAUAAUGAAGAGCUAUCUGAUUGA